AAAAAAAUAGAAAAUAGCAAGGUUUGGACGAAUAACCACGUUGGGAUGAUUACGCGUUUAACUGCAUGGGACCCUGCUAUGCUUGUGUUCGCCGCAACCCCGGACCCUCCCGCAGCCCCCGCGACGGCCCACAAUCCGAAUAUAGAUACUAACACCGUCAUGGCAUAGUUGACGAUUUAUUCUAAGGACGAGCUGACGAAUCGAUAUUCAAGCAGGUUCAGGAAAGGGGCACAACUCGAGGGUAUGAAUAAGAUGAAAAGACCGGCGCUGGGUCGAAAUAUCAUUUAUCAACGACCGCAACUCGGUUGAUAACUUUUCCAGAUCACAAACAGGGUCUUGCUGUCUAUCAUCUUACCCAAGUUCUUCAGUCCUUUGCGAAAAAUCAAAAAAAGUCAACUCCAUUCGUUACUUAUCCACAAUGCCUGCACUCAAGAGUCUCUUUCUUAUCGGCCUUCCCAUGGCCUUCGCCGCUUCACCAGCCCUCAUGAGGCGCGGACCCACCACCAACUUCAGCCUCUACGCCUACGGCGAUGGUAUCGGUGGCGCUCAGGUCUUCACCACCGGCCAGGGUGCCUUUGUCGGCUCGGCAUCUGCUUCUAACAGUACUCAAGCUGCUCCCGUUUUGUUCGAUGUCGGCACGGAUAACUCUUUGUUGGGAAGCCCGAACACCACUGACACCACUCCCACCUGGUCGAACCUCACUUUCAAUGUUCCGGACACUAUCACGGCCGGUCAUCAGGUUUCUUUCAGCAACUCGUCGACUAACAGCAGCGGAAGGUCUGCUUCAGGUUUCAUAUUCUAUGGUCAAUACUUAUUCCACCAGGCCUCCAGUGGAGAUCUCAAGUCCAUGUGGUACGCCCUUCCUUCCGGCCAGGACGGCAUCUGGACCCUGAACUGGAACUCAACUGGCGACACCACCGAGGGACAGGUGAUCGUUACUCUGAGGGCUGUGGCCCCAUCGACGGACGGUGCGGAUUCCCCGACAGCGGAUUCCACUGAGGACACGACAUCCUAGGUAGAGCAUGGAUUAGCAACCUGUUACGAUCGUUUAAGGAGGUUGAUAGUCUAUUCCAUGGGUUAGGUGUCUGCCUCCCAUGAGCCACUCGUUGACACACAUUCACACCGAGGC